UAAUUACGUCGGGCCGAAUCUCGGAGAGAUAUUACGAUAUUGCAUUAAGGAAUAACGUAAUUUUCGCGGCAACCGCGGCCGCGCGAAUUCGCACGCGAACCCAAAUGGAAUGCUUUCACUUAGGCGGAAUUGGAUUCUAAAUGACCAGCGUCGCUAGUGUGUGUAUUAGCUGCGUGCGCGCGAAUCGCCAGUGAAUAAAUUUGCGCCGCGCGGUGCAUUCGCGAGCUCUAUCGGUUGCGCAAAUCGGAACUUUGAUUCUCUACUGCUCUCCCUUUAAUUCGAGGUUCUUGAGCUCUCUCUCUCUCUCUCUCUCUCUCUCUCUCUCUCUCGAGGCCGGAUAGUUGCCCAACGCGGGUUGGUCGAAUUUUCGAUUUUGGUUCGUCGACGACUGGCGUCCGAGAUUUCAACAUUCGAAAAUCAAGCGAGCGCCAUUGUGUUGUUAUUAAUUGCGGCCAAUUAGAUUGGAAUAAAUUGGAGAAACUAGAUGGUAGUUAAAAAUUUAUCGACAUUCUCGCGCCGCGAGUAUAGCAGACAAUUCCGGCCAAUUGCGCUAAUUAAUGGAAAAUCGGCUUUCACUCGUCGGGACGCACGAUGUAAGGAGCUCCUCGAAAAUUCAGCCGCUGUUCUCUCUGGCUACGUUUAAUUUUCGCGCAUAAACCGCGAUCUCGGAGAGAAGAAAACGGCGUCGGCCGCCACAGGGGGAUUGUCAGCCGCUGGGCGCGGAAAAUUUAUGUGAGCGCAGCCGCGUCGAGCGAAUAGCUGCGCUCGAUCGGCGCGCGUUCUUGAACUUGCCGCCGCCACACAGUCAAUCCAUCAAUCGGCCGCUGCGCACGUGUUAUCCGUAUGCACAGAAACGACGGCAUGUGUGCCUUUUGCAAUUACGGCGCAGGUGUCUCUCGGAGCGCGAACUCGUUUCCUUAAUUAAUGGCCGCGCUGCCGAUCGCGCUCGAUUGAAUUGUCACUUGGCGCGCGCCGGUUUAACGCCAGCCCGAGAAGAUACCCGUGGGAUACCAACGGGAAAACAGAAUUUCGAUUCGCAACCAUGUAGUGUAGGCCGAAUAGAGCUUUAUGCAAUCCGGUCUUUUGAAUUGCCUCGAUGCGUAUAAUCUAACAGCGUGUAUUCAGCGUUUUUUUCUGCAGAUCCUGUCGCGGAAUGACAUUUCAUUUCGUCCACUUCACUAUAUAAUACCUCAAGGCAGCUUUGCGUAACGCCUCAGGGUCACGCGCGACGGGAAAAAAGACUAGAGCGGAAAAGCUGCUGCGCGACGUCUACUCUUUCGAAACCUUUCGUUCGUCGAUAUUAUUAUUGCGAGCGGGAAAUCUUAUUCAUCGAAAAUUAAUCGAGGCGUAAGAGGCGUAUUAAUUUACGAGUUGAUUCAGAGCUGAUUCAAAUUUAUACAUAAAAAACAACUGAAGAACAUGUGCGGCUUGCAUAAGAAAUCGCGUAUUCAGGAGUCGGCUAGACACGCGUUAUAUACACACGCACACACACACACACACACACACACACACACAUAUAUAUAUAUAUAUAUAUAUAUAUAUGAAUCGUAGUUGCCUCGUCACUGAUGAGCGGAGUCACUUUUAUUUUUCUCCGAAUCAUUCUUUCCGUCGCUUAUUGAAUCUUAUCGCGCGCGUCGUAAAUCUUGACGUCACACUCCUCAGCUCGGUUCGCACCUGCUAUUGUUGUUGAAUAUGUUCGAUCGCUCCAUUAUUUUUUCUAACACGUUCGAUUGGGUUACAACGACAGGGCCACCGCAUCUGAUAAAGCGUGCAUUGUCUUCGGGUACGCAGAGCGUCGUAAACGGGACUUCACUUUAUAUGCUGUGUGGGAUUUAGGAAGUAACGCGUCGAAUAAAGUGCCGCCGCGUAUCGUGGAACUGGCAAUUCGCGGGGGGAAUAUGAGCGCGGAGGAGAGUUAAAUACAGCGGAGCGUGGAGCGGCGCCGCUCGCUGGGAGAAAUUGUUUAUGGUCGAAGGCGUUACAACACCUGCGAGCACCGGAGCAGCGGCGACGCAGUAUCACGCUCGAGGCUCGAAUUAACCCAAAUUAUGGCCCGAUAAGGAGCUGCCGGAGAGUCGCCGAGUGAACGGAGCGUCGAUCACUCGCUUAUCGGCGCGCGGUGUAUAUAGUUUUUCGCCAGCCUUCGCGCGAGCGCGCGCUACCAUGUCGACUGCAGCAUGAACGAGGUGCGCCAGAACUGGCCGAGCCUGAAGACGCCGCGCAGCUCGAUCGUCGUCUCGGGCAACUCGACCUGGUACGACGUGCCGGCGCCGACGAUCGUCCACAACCGGCAGUUCGCCGAGGAGGAGGCGCUCUACCAGAACGACGUCGAGGCCAAGCUCAACGGCCUGAACAGGGAGCAGCAGCAGCAGCAGCAGCAGCAGCAGCAGCAGCAGCAGCAGCAGCAGCAGAAUGGCAAGAAGCGGCACAGCUCGAGCAUCGAGCUCACGGCGGCGACGAGCGUCAAGACCGACGCGGACGGCGUGCCCACCAUCACCUUCAGCUUCUUCCGCACGGACGAGGCGGCGCCGUCGGCCCAGCAGCCCAGGCCCGACGCCGACGCCGACGAGACUGAGGCGGCCGGCGCGGCGCUGAGCGCGGCCGACCAGCUCUACGACUUUCCGCGCAGCUCGCGCCCCGACGCCGCGAUCGGCGAGCAGCCGCCAGUCGAUCGGCAGGCUUCGGAGCCCGCGCAAGUGCAGCAGCAGGCGGAGGAGAUCUACGACGCGGUGCAGGUCGGCAGCGGCGAUCGUUCCCCGGAGACGAGCUGCUCGUCCAAGAGCGGCGGCUGGAAGGGCCGGCGGAGCUCGCUCAAGUGGCGGCGCAGCCUCGGCAAGCUCGAGGACCUGGUGCGGCCCGCGGCGGGCCACUCGGGCUCGCACUCGGACUCGGAGGCGCCCGCGGAGUCCAGCGGGGGCCGCAGGUGGCCGGCGCAGCGCAGGCUCGGCAAGGCCUGGGGCAGGAUGCGCACCUGGCUCAGCGAGGAGCGCAGCAAGAUCGGCGAGGUGGUGGCGCGGCACGCGCGGGCCCAGGCCGUGGGCGCGAGGCUCGACGACGUGAGCGAGGAGUCGCUCGCCGGCGGCAUCGGGGCCCAGAGCGGCUCCUACGACCUGACCCGGGCCCGGCUGCGCAGCCAGGAGGACGGCUGCCGGCUGCCCAUGGUCGAGGAGUUCGGCCUGGCGGCCGCGGCCAGCGUGGACGAGCUCGACGGCUGCGAGGACGAGCGGCCCAGCCGGCCGCACCUGCACCCGGCCAUCAAGAAGACCGCCAGCUCGGACGACAUCCUCGCGGAGGACGCGGCUCGCGAGCGGCUGCCGCCCGCCACCUCCUACAGCCUCGAGAGGCUCUGCUCCGACGACGAGGAGCCGGACAAGCUCGGCGAGGACUCCGAGUCCCGGCAGGACAGGACCGGGCCCAAGAAGGCCCAGCAGCAGCGACGCUUCGGCAGAGGCGGCCUCAUCAAGCGGAGAAUGCUCGGCUCGAUCAGGGGCCUCAUAGCCUCGACCCAUCUACUGAACGAGCUCGCCGAGGAGAGCGGACCAGGCGGUUUCGAGGAGGUGCGGAGGUACGUCAAACAGGGCGGCGACUUUUGCAAGGAGCUCGCCGCUAUUCUGCACGAAAGGGCUGAAUUGGAAGCGAACUAUGCCAAAGGACUCAGUAAAUUAAGUGGGAAGCUGACCAAGGCCUGCGCGAAGGAUCAAGGUGGCAACGGCAGCGGAGGCGUCAGCGAGGCAUGGCGCUGCGUCGGCGAGGAGAUGGAGGCCGCGGCCGAGGCGCACAGGGCCUGGGGAAGCGCCCUCGGCGAACAGCUCGCUAAGCCGCUCAGGGUGGGCGUAGCGGAGGUGCAGGGCCGGACGCGCAAAUCCAUCGAGAACUCGGUGGACAAGGCGUCCAAGUCGCUGCAGGAGUGGCGCACGGUCGCGGCCAAGACGAAGAAGCAGAGCUUCGCGUGCGCGCGCGAGAACGAGCGGCUCCAGGACCUGGCGCGACUCCAGUCCAUCAGCCAGACGCACCAGCAGCACCAGCAGCAGCACCAGCUGCAGAGCAACAACAAGCUCGCGAGCAGCGGCCACCACAUGACCGAGAAGGAGGCGAGCAAGCUCGAGACGCGCCGGCGCAAGGCCGAGGACUCGGCGAGGCGCGCCGACACCGAGUUCUACACCGUCACCGUCAGGGCCGAGCGCGCCAGGCUCGAGUACGAGUGCACCGUCCGGAAGGCCGCCAAGCAGAUGGAGCUGCUCGAGGAGGAGCGGCUCAGCGCGCUCAAAGACCUGGCCAACGUCUACCUGGCGCACCUGCAGGCGCUCGCCCCCAAGCUCCAGCAGAGCGCCGACAGGCUGUCGCAGCCGAUCCGCAGCUGCAGCGUCUCCCAGGACGUGGAGAUCCUGAAGAACCUGAUCCGGAGGAUUGACAGCAACGACUCGUCCAGCACCGAGCAGCUCCUGCCGGAUUUCUACGCGGAGCACGUGACGCUGGCGAUGAACCGCGAGCGCAGGAAGCAGGCCCUCGUCCGGGUGCUGCACCUCAUCAGACAGGACCUCGAGCGCGAGAGGCGAGGCAGGGAGGGCCUCGAGACGCUGCACCGGGCCUUCAUCAAGACGCCGGCCUUCGCUGCCGACGAGAGCGCGCAGAACGUCUCCGACAAGCUGCUGCACAUGCGUUCGAUGCUAACGUAUCUGGAAGCCGCGAGGUACAAGGUCGGCGGCGCACUCUCCGAACUGGAAGGCGGAAAGAGAGGAAAACACCCUCUGGCCGAGCACAUCCUGGUCUCCAGAGACAAGCAAGGACUGCAACAAAGCGUGCUCAAGGUUCCCUCUUGGGCCAAGAACGAACCGUUCGAACUCCAAGACGCGUCCGACGGCGAGCUCGAGGUGUUGCAGCUGUCGAAGGACAGCGAGAGCGAGCAGCGCGACUGGGCUGACCGGACGGCCGGCGACGGCAACUCGGAGAACCCGCCCGACGAGGAGGACUUCAGCGACUUCGACGAGUUCAGCAGCAACAGCGAGGACAACAACCAGCAGGACGUCGACUCGGCGGACGUCUCCUCCGUCGCCGGCAAGACGGACGACGGGCUCGAGCGCUGCCGCGCCAUUUACCAGUACACGGCCAACCUCAACGACGAGCUCACCCUCACUCCCGGCGACCUCAUCACCGUUCACGAGAAGCAGGCCGACGGCUGGUGGAUCGGCGAGUGCAGGGGCAGGACCGGCAUAUUCCCCGCCACCUACGUCCAAGUCAUCCACUGAGCCUACUAUUUCUUUGGCCGUGCGCCCGCAGCCCGCAGCCGCACCGACUGACCGAGAGGGGCGCGAGCUUUCUUAAUCGUGUUUUUCCAAGGAAUGCGUUAUGUUCCCAAUCGAAAUCAAUGUGUCAAACAUAUACUGAAAUUGUCGUGUAUACGCAUUUACUUUCGUGCUUCCUCGUAUCAGUGCCCAAUUUCACGAUGAAUCUGUUGCGUGCAAAGCAAGUGCCAAUGAGAGGUGAGAGGAACGUGCAGUGUUGUACAAAUAUUGGAGGGACAAACGAGGAGAGAAAAAAUUCGUUUCCCGACUUGACUGCCCUACGAAGUAUCGAAUACUUCGUAUUCCUUCUUAUUCCCGCGCGGAUUUCGCUGGGAAGGGUAACUUUAGUUUUAAGAGCUACGCAAGCGUGAGUCUGAGAAAGGAUUUUCAAUAGUUGUACGAGCAUCAAGUUCUAUUUUAUAUUUAUAAUGUGAAAAAAGAAAAAAAAAGUUAAUUGUUUUACUUGAAUCGUAAUGUGUAUAGAAUCAUUAGUGACUAGUUUUAUAGCGUGAGCGUGCAGAUAAUAUCGUAUAGGGAAAACAUUCAUCCAGUCUAUACCUUGGCGCACUUAACUUAUUUGUACGUAAGCGGUUACGUGGGUUCACUUAAUUGCAUAAACUCGUUGCAAAUUCCGUCUUUUUACCGCAUUCGUAAUCGAAAAGUAAAUCCGCAAAAGAUUGAGAAUAGUCUUGAAAUCUCGAAACCAAAUAAUUUACACUGUAUAUAUACUGUGAAUCCUUACUAAAAGAUUUUGUAAAUACUAUUUCACCUAUUAUACUGUUAUUUAAAUAUGGUUUAUUUCAGUAUAUACCAAUAAAACUUACGUAUAAAAAUGUCA